AUGGCUAAGUCGCAGCAGCUGCCGCUGCAAUUCUCCAACAAGGUGCCUCUGGACCCGCGGGCCACCAACGAGGAGAUCACGCAGCUGCUGCGCGCCAUGCAGUCCUCCGAGACCUCCGUGUUUGUCAUCCACGUCGCCGCCUCCAACGUCCUUUUUCUCUUUGACGAAGCGCAGCGCAUGGGCCUGAUGAGCGAGGGCUACGUGUGGAUAUCCACAGAGGGGGCGAUUUCCCAUAUGAUGGGGGCUGAAAUGAACGCCACCUACCUCAGCACUCUCACUGGCAUGGUGGGCACGCGAGUGGCCAUUCGGGACAACCCACGGCUGUGGGAGUUCAGGAGGCGGUGGAAGGCCCUCGACCCUGUCAAGUACCCUGGCUCUGGCACCGACACUGUCUCUCCAUACGCACUGCUCGCCUACGAUGCCAUGUGGGUGGCAGCCCGUGCUCUGCACAACCUCUCCCACCUGCCAGGCGCCAGCUUUCCCUUCCGCCCGCGCCGCCCUGUUCUGCCCCCGGACGGCGGAGGAAGCACCGAUUUUUCUCGGCUCAAAGUCAGCAAGGCUGGCGUCAGGAUAUUGGAGGAGCUUGCGACGACCAAGAUGGAUGGAAUUAUUGGGAAGAUUGCGUUUGACAAGAACCACGACCGCGUGGGAGUGAGCUACGAGGUGGUCAAUCUGGUGGCGUCCACCUUUCAAACCCUCGGCUACUGGGAGCAGGGCAAGGGCCUCGUUGCUGCCCCUUCAAAAGUGCCGUCUAACACCACCCUGAAGCCUGCUGUCUGGCCCGGCAAUACCAUGAAGUUUCCUCGAGGCUGGUUACCAUCAAAAGGCAAGGCGUUACGCAUUGCAGUCCCGUUCGGCCCUUCGGCUGUGGAGCAGUAUGUGAACCGCACUGCAGACGGCAACUUCACGGGGUUCUGUGUGGAGGUGUUUCAGCGGGCCAUGGAACUGCUACCUUACCCCGUGGGAUACUCGCUCGUGGCGUAUGACUUUGCAGGCAACUCGUACGAAGACCUCAUUCGAAGUGUGGCGAACAAAGUGUAUGACGGGGCAGUGGGGGACAUCACAGUGACAGCUGACCGCGCACAGAUCGUGGACUUCACCCAGCCCUUCAUGGAGUCGGGGCUGGGGCUGGUGGUGCCGGUGCUACAGGGCGAUCCGGCCAACCCCUGGGCGUUCCUGUACCCGUUCACAGGCAGCAUGUGGGCGCUCAUGAUCGCAUCUAUAGUCUUCACCGCGGCUGUCAUCUGGUACCUCGAGCACAACCAGAACCUGGACUUUGGAGGAGGACCCUACCACCACCAGCUCACAACCAGCCUCUGGUUUGCCUUUGCUAGCAUGGUCCGCUCACAAGAGCAGCACGUGGGCACAGUGUUGGGUCGCUUUGUGGUCAUCUCAUGGCUCUUUGUGGUUCUCAUCGUCACCUGCAGUUACACCGCCAAUCUCACCUCCAUCCUCACUGUGAACAACCUCACUCCUCCUGUACAGUCCCUGGCAGCAGUGAUCACAUCGGGUUCUGUGGUGGGCUAUCUCAACGGUUCCUUCUCCGAGCAGCACCUUCUGGGCUUUGGCGUCCGCAGGAAGCAGCUCCAGGCACUCAACAGCGUGGACGAGUAUGCAGAAGCCAUGCUGAAUGGCACCGUGGUGGGAGUGGUGGACGAGCGUCCCUUCCUGGACCUCAUUCUCUCGCAGGACUGCUCCUUCACCACUGGGGAAGCCGAUAUCUCAACACUGGGAUGGGCCUAUGCCUUCCAGAAGGGAUCAAAUCUGGCCGUUGAUCUGAGCAAGGCCAUCGCCCAGCUGAGCGAGUCAGGCGAGCUGCGAACCAUCCACAACGGCUACGUGCCUAACAACCUGACGUGCAGUGGGGAUACGAGUGGGGCGUCAUCGGAGAGUCUGGGAGCAGAGGGCUUUCAGAAUCUGUUCAUCCUGUACGGCGUCAUGGCCACCUUCGCCUGCCUCAUGUACCUCGCCGUGCUGCUCUACCGCGGCCACCUCGCCAAGAAGGAGUUGGAGGAGGAGGGAGAGGAAGCGAGCGGGGGCAUGUCUGCAAUCAAGGCCAAGCCAUGGAUGAACCCCUUCAAGCACUUCAUCUACCUCUAUAACCUCGGUGUGGCGUGGAGCAUUGCACGCAAUAUUGAAAUUGACGACGAGCCAUUCUACGAAGCAGACCCGAAUAUGUUUGAAAUGUAUGAUGCGUCGUUCAACCAAUCGGAGUUCACAAAUGGGACUGACGAAGGCUCAAAGCAUGAUCUUGACCCUGACCGAAAGAUCGUAGGUCUUACUUCCGAAAUUACCCAGCCGGCGCGCCUUUCGCACGACAUGGCAGCCGAUGGCGGUCGGAAAGAGAAAGAUAAGAGCAAAGGCAUCAAAGUCAGCAAGAAAUCCGCAGCUGUGAAACCCAAGAAGCAGGAUCGCGAAGGCCAGCAGAGCAAACCGAGCGACGACGAUUCGCGUCCUCGUGGCAAGCAGAGCGAAGUGGGAUCGCGUCCACGUGGAAAUCGGAACGAGGAGGGUUCACUUCCACGUGGCGGCAGUCGAGAUGCUGCUGCCGGAGAGAUCUUGCCGGCGAGAUUGCUGCCGUCGCAGAUUAAGAACAAGCAGAAGCGGUCGGCAGUGACGGCGAAACUUCGCGCGGAGAAGGAGAAGGGGAAGAAGCAGCGGCUGAAGCGGCGGCGGCAAGAGGAGGAGCGCGCAGUGGCGCUGGGAGAAGCGGCCCCACCACGGAAGGCAGCUCGCACCAUCGACAGCACGCGGGAGGUGGACGAGACUAUAGCGCAGCCUGACGACGACGAGUUGCAUGCAGACGAGGCACAGGACGAGUUUGCGCCGCACUUCAACCGAGAGAGGCCGCCCAAAGUGCUCAUCACCACGUGCCAACGGAUACACCCGAUAAUGAAGCAGUUUAUUAAGGAGCUUUUAGUGGUCAUUCCAGGGUCGGAGUACUAUGAGAGGCGGCAAUAUCGCAUAAAGGAGAUAGUGCAGUACGCAUCAGCGAGGGAAUACACGGCAAUGAUCGUGAUCAACGAGAAUCGGAACAAGCCAAACGCACUCAUGCUCAUCGGCCUGCCAGAGGGCCCCACUGCUCUCUUCAAGCUCUCCAGCCUCGUCCUGAGAAAAGACAUCAAGAACGCAGGGCGGGCAACAGCGCAUCUCCCAGAGCUCAUUCUCAACAACUUCUCCACGCGCCUAGGGCACCGAGUGGGACGUCUGUUGGCGUCUCUAUUCCCGCAGGACCCAGAGUUCAAGGGCAGGAGGGUGGUCACUCUGCACAACCAGCGUGAUUUCAUCUUCUUCCGCCACCACAGAUACAUAUUUGAAGAUCCGGAGAAGCGGGACGAGUCGCUGGGGCUGAGAAAGAAGAAGGCGCGGGAGGAGAAGGAGAGGGCAGGCCUGCUGAAGCGCAAAAAAGCGGCAGAGGCGGCAGCAGCAGGAAAGAAGACUGGCAGCUUGGGCGCAUCCCUGGGCAUUUUCACACGCCUGCAGGAGUGCGGGCCGCGAUUCACUCUCAAGCUCAUGAGUGUGCAGCGGGGCACGUUUGAUUCCAAGGGAGGAGAGUACGAAUGGGUCUACAAGAAUGACAUGGACACAAGCAGGAGAAGGUUCUUCCUGUAA